GUGUUAUUUCCGUGAAAACUUUAAAGUUUAGUUUUCGUAAAUUUAUGUUGUGCGAGUUGUAGAGUGAAAAUUUGGUGAGGCGACUCACAUAGUCGUUUUAACUGGACUUUCCUUGCCACAGGGUUACUGGCAAACAAAAUCGUUGAUAGGAUUCUCAAGUCACGUGACUAUUCACCUUGUUGGUGCGAUUCUGCAUCUGCCCACACGCAAGGUUGGCGCGAAAAAAAUAUAUGAACUGACGAACGUAUCAGAUCAACAUGAGACUUACAGGUGAAGAAACCUUGUCCGCCAAUCCCAACAAGAUGGGGGCAAUGUUUAGGAGCGAAGAAAUGGCAUUGUGCCAGAUGUUCAUCCAACCGGAAGCUGCUUACACGUCCGUUUCCGAGUUAGGUGAAACGGGUGCUGUUCAAUUUCGUGAUUUGAACUCGGAGGUCAACGCUUUCCAGCGUAAGUUCGUCAGCGAAGUUCGACGGUGUGACGAAAUGGAACGUAAGCUUCGCUACGUUGAGGCUGAAGUUAAAAAGGAUAACGUUAAAAUCCCGGAUAUUCGCGACGAAUUACCUCGCGCUCCAAAUCCUCGAGAGAUAAUCGAUUUGGAAGCACAUCUGGAGAAAACGGAAAGUGAAAUUUUGGAACUGUCCCAGAAUGCGGUGAAUUUGAAGUCGAACUACCUCGAGUUGACGGAGCUGAAGCACGUGCUGGAACGCACUCAAGGGUUUUUCUUCGAACAAGAAGGGGCCGUCAAUCUGGAUGCAACCAGGAACAACUUGAUUAUUGAUGACCACACCAACGUUCAAGCCAGAGGGCGCUUGGGAUUUGUUGCUGGAGUAAUUCAGCGCGAGAAAGUCCCUGGAUUUGAACGUAUGUUGUGGAGAAUCUCACGUGGUAAUGUUUUCCUACGUCAGGUUGAAUUGGAGAAACCACUGGAGGAUCCUGCUACUGGCAACGAAAUCUACAAAACCGUUUUCGCCGCGUUCUUCCAAGGUGAACAACUGAAGACGAGAAUCAAGAAGGUUUGCACGGGCUAUCAUGCCUCCCUCUAUCCGUGCCCAAGUGCUGCAGAUGAGCGCGAAGAAAUGGUGAAAGGAGUGCGCACACGUCUGGAGGAUCUGAAUAUGGUGCUGAAUCAAACGCAAGACCACCGUUCCCGGGUCCUUUCUACUGUGGCCAAGGAAUUGCCACGUUGGAGGAUCAUGGUGAAGAAGAUGAAGGCCAUUUAUCAUACAUUGAACCUUUUCAACAUGGAUGUCACAAAGAAGUGCUUGAUCGGCGAGUGCUGGGUUCCGGUUUUGGACCUUCCGAUCGUUCAGAAAGCAUUGUCCGAUGGCUCCGCAGCGGUUGGAAGCACAAUUCCAUCAUUUUUGAAUGUCAUUGAAACAAGCGAGCAGCCGCCAACUUUCAACAGGACCAACAAAUUUACUCGUGGCUUCCAGAAUUUGAUUGAUUCUUACGGUAUUGCAUCUUACCGAGAGGCGAAUCCAGCACUGUACACGAUUAUUACUUUCCCAUUCUUGUUUGGCAUCAUGUUUGGCGAUUUAGGUCACGGUUUGAUUAUGGCAUUAUUUGGAUUCUGGAUGGUAUGUGGUGAAAAGAAGUUGGGCGCUAAAAGAUCGACCAACGAAAUUUGGAACAUUUUCUUCGGAGGCCGUUACAUAAUUUUCCUCAUGGGCCUAUUUUCAAUGUAUACCGGAUUUGUAUACAACGACGUUUUCUCGAAAUCAAUGAACAUAUUUGGAAGUUCUUGGUCUAUUGGCCACAACACAUCAACUAUAAUGACGAACAAAGACCUUACUUUGAACCCUGGUUCGUCAGACCUCGAUGACAACGUUUACCCAAUUGGGCUGGAUCCAGUUUGGCAGCUCGCUAGCAACAAAAUCAUCUUUUUAAAUUCCUACAAAAUGAAGUUGUCCAUUAUUUUCGGUGUUGUUCAUAUGAUUUUUGGUGUCUGUAUGAGCGUUGUCAACCAUAACUUCUUCAAGAAGCGCAUCAGCAUUUUGUUGGAGUUUUUGCCUCAGAUCAUUUUCCUAGUAUUACUUUUUGCUUAUAUGGUUUUCAUGAUGUUCAUGAAAUGGAUUCAGUACACAGCCAAGACCGAUUACCAACCAAAUACACCAGGUUGUGCACCAUCCGUACUUAUAAUGUUCAUCAAUAUGAUGCUGUUCAAACGGACCCCUCCUUUGCAUGGAUGCGAUGAGUACAUGUACUCAUUCCAAGGAUCUUUGCAACGCACGUUUGUCUUCAUUGCUCUGAUUUGCGUCCCUUGGAUGCUCCUCGGCAAACCACUCUACAUCAUGUUCAACAAGAAAAAAAUGGCUGCCGCUCACCAUAAUGGUGGUAUCAAUCAGCAGACUGAAACAGCCCUAGAACCUGCAGAAAGCGCGAAAGCUUCCGGACAUGGCGGACAUGAAGACGAACCAAUAAGCGAAGUUUUCAUUCAUCAAGCUAUUCAUACGAUUGAAUAUGUUCUCAGUACCGUAUCGCAUACCGCCUCGUAUCUCCGAUUGUGGGCUUUGUCGCUUGCACAUGCUCAACUCUCGGAAGUGUUGUGGAAUAUGGUGCUGUCCAUGGGAUUGCGGCAAUCGUCUUACAAGGGAGCAAUCAUGCUGUAUUUCGUUUUUGGGGCAUGGGCCUUGUUCACUCUCGCGAUCCUGGUCAUGAUGGAAGGCUUGUCCGCAUUCUUGCACACGCUCCGUCUUCAUUGGGUUGAGUUCAUGAGCAAGUUCUACGAAGGCCUCGGUUACGUCUUCCAACCAUUCUCCUUCAAGCUGAUCCUUGAUGCUGAUGACGAUUUUGAGUAAUUGUUCUCUUAUGUUUUCUUUACGAUCACAUUCAACAACAGCUAUGCACCGUAGUUGAUCAGUAUUUUAUUGCGAGUUUUAAAUUGUAUUGUGCAUGUCUUUGGUAUUCUACGGAAUUGGUUAAAAAGUUUUAAUUUCCAUCAGAAUCUCAUAUUUCUUUGAAUAUUUUUUUUCAGUAUUAUUUAGGUUUUUGAAUCACGGUCAUUGCUAUGUAAAUAUCGAUAUAAUAAAAAAGUACUGCACGAUGCAUU